AUGAAUCUCGUAGCUGUCCUGCUCCUGUGUUUCGGACUAAUCACAUCUGCGUGUGCCGGCACUAUUGACCAUGAUAAAGUCCAGCCAUUCGCUCAGCCCGUCCCAGUCACGAUUGCCGAAAAGGCUGCUGUCAUGUUUAAACCACAACUUCACAUUUCUCAAGGGUGCGUUUCAUUCCCAGCCGUAAAUGCUGCAGGUGAGAUUAGCGGGGGUGUCAAGGGAACGAAAAACACGGAGGGCUGCACGGAAGCCCCUCUGGGUUCUCAAGUGUACGGCCGCGCAAAGUGGUACCAGGAUAAAUGGGCGAUGGUCUUUGCGUGGUACUUUCCAAAAAGCUUUUGGAGUUUCGAAGCUGUUGACCGCCACUACUGGGCGAGUAUGGUAUUAUGGCUUGACAACCCAGCACUGAGUGCACCGAAGAUUAUUGGUGCCUCGCUGCAACAACAGCUUCUGAAAAAGAGAGGUUUUCUUGGGUUUAUGUUUACCGAACCGAGAGAACCAUACUUCAAGCAAACAAGCAUUGAUAUCAUGUCCUAUGUGGGCGCGCAGCGGAUUCGUUUAAACCCAAUCGGUUAUCGACGUUGGAGCUACAACUUUACCCCAGGGUCCAACGUAUCGACUAGGGUUACCCACACAUAUUGGAAUAGCUUUGAGUAUCUGGCAUUACAUUUUUCUGAAACGGACGGUCAGUUUCAAGACCUCAUCAUGUGGGAACAACUUACGGACGAAGCACGCUCUGCUCUCAAUUCUGCGGAUUUUGGCGAGUCGAAGGUCCCCUUUAACGAUGAGAACAUUGAGGAGACACUAGAACUGGCUUGGCCAUUUUAG